UUGUGUGCAAUCCUGUUUUAUUUGAGUUGCACGCCCCAGGGUUUGCUGCAGGAAGGAGCGCUGCUCUGAAGUCUGGUGCUCUCGUAGGGAAGGAGUGCGUACAUGGGCUGCUUUAGGAGAGAGGAGCCCCCACUUCUCCACCGAUGCUCCUUGGCAGGCUGGCCAGCACUGCAUUGUGCUGGCGCCUCUCUCUCCGCCACCCGCGGCGGCUCAGCGAACCCGCUGCGCCCGACCUCAGGGCGUUUAUCGCCGGCAACACGGAGCCAGUGAGAGAGCACCUCACGCCGGAGGUGAGCCUGAGGCUGCUCACUCCCCGCUGCCGCUUCUGGAGCCAGCCGGCCCAUCUGUGGCCCUUCAGCGAUCCCUACUGGGCUAUCUACUGGCCGGGGGGCCAGGCACUCUCCAGAUACCUCCUGGAUAAUCCUGCAGUCACCAGGUCAAAGAGGGUGUUGGACGUAGGAAGUGGCUGUGGUGCCUCUGCCAUUGCAGCUUCUAUGAGUGGGGCAUCUCAUGUUCUUGCAAAUGACAUUGACCCAAUUGCAGCAGUCUCUAUAGGAAUGAACUGUGAACUUAACAAAAUACCACCACUACGAGUGGCAAUAGAAAGUUUAAUUGGAGAGAUGGAAGAAAAAUGGGAUGUGAUUCUUUUAGGUGACAUGUUUUAUGAUGAAGAACUUGCUGCCAGUCUUCACAAUUGGUUGACAGAAUACAAGAAGUUUCACGGAUCAGAGAUUCUGGUUGGGGAUCCAGGAAGAUCACAGUUCACAAAUUACGCUGCACAGCAUUGCCUGCAGAAGGUCAUAGAAUAUGAGCUUCCCGAGACCACCAGACAGGAGAAUUAUGGACUGACAUCCAGCAGCGUGUGGAGAUUUUUGUCGUAA